CAACUCUGUGAAUUUAGCGGUAAUCUGUGGCCUGAUUAUGCUAGCUGAGGUGGUAUUGGUAUUGCAAUUCAAUAUUCGGUUUUAUUCAUUCAUUCUAUGUUAUAUGAUUUUUUUUUGAUGAAAAUGAAAGGUUAUGUUGUAUUUCACACAUAUAAUACCUUUAUUAAUUUAGAUUUACGUUAAAAACUACAAAUUUCAAGUUGUCAAUAUUGACAAGCAGAUCAAGAUGUCGAAGCGUACAGCAGAAGAUGGUGGCAAUGGCAGUAAUCAACCACCGAUUAAGAAAGUUCAUUUUGAACCCCACCUUAUUGGUCCAGUGUCCACCCUUGAAGAGAUGGAUAUUAAAGUCUUACAAUUUCAAAACAAAAAAUUGGCUCAGAGAAUUGAGCAACGUCACAGAUGUGAAGCAGAAUUGCGAGCGAGGAUUGAGCAGCUGGAAAAGAGACAAACUCAAGAUGAUGCGGUGCUGUGUGUAGUCAAUAGAUAUUGGAAUUUGCUUAAUGAAGACAUCAGAGUUUUAUUACAACGUUUUGAUGCAGAGACAGCAGAUGAAUCAGAAAAUAAAAAUGAGAAUGAAGCUACAACUUCAUUCCUAAUGCAGUUGUCGACAUGGGAUAAAGAGGAAUUAGAUGCUCAGCUUGCGAAUAGAGUGCAAGUAAGCAAGAGGGCCGUGGCUAAAGUCUUACAAGCAUUUGACAGACUUCAGCAGAGAAAUGAUAAGAUCUGGAAAGCCAUCAAAGGAGAAGGGGAAGAAGGAGCUCCAGCACCGUCUCUGGACGAGGUGAUCCGCGCCACCAACGAGGAGGUGACGGCGGAGAGCCGGCGGCUGCAGGCGCUGUGCACGUCGCUGCACGAGGGUCACCACGCCAUGACGCUGCGGGUGGCGCGGCUGCAAGACGCCGUCAACAGCCGCGACACUGAGAACGCCGAGCUCAAGAAUCAGAUUGAUGACCUGCAGUAUGAAUUGAUGAAGGUGCGCUCGAGGAACGACAAACUGGAAAAUCACCUCGCAGAAGCGAUCGAAAAGCUGAAGAGCUACCACCAGUCGGGCGGCGCGGCGGCGGGCGCGGCGGGCGGCGCGGGGGGCGCGGGGGGCGCGGCCUGCGCGCCGCACUCGGCCGCCAGCGCCAAGCUGGAGGACGUGGCGGCCGAGCUGGAGGAGCAGCGCGAGCUGGCCACCAACCGCCUGGCCGAGCUGGACCGCCUGCACCGCCAGCACCGCGACACGCUCAAGGAGCUCGAGAAGCUAAAAAUGGACAUCCGGCAACUGCCGGAGUCGGUGAUAGUUGAGACGACCGAGUACAAGUGUCUGCAGAGCCAGUUCUCGGUGCUUUACAAUGAGUCGAUGCAGAUGAAAACAGCUCUUGAUGAGACUCGUUUGCAACUCCAGAGCGCCAAAAACCUUCACAUGCGGCAGAUUGAGAUGAUGGAGAGCGAAGAGCUAGCCAGGCAAAAGGCACUACGAGCUGAAAUGAUUCAACUUGAAGAUGUACUUGGUCAAUUGCGGAAAGAAUAUGAAAUGUUGCGAAUAGAGUUUGAACAGAAUCUAGCCGCUAACGAACAGACCGGUCCCAUCAACAGGGAAAUGAGACAUCUCAUAACUUCGCUGCAGAAUCACAAUCAACAGCUAAAGGGGGAAGUUCAUCGGUAUAAGAGAAAAUAUAAAGAUUCUAGUCAAGAAUUAAAUAAGAUUCGUAAAGAAUUGGAGGAAGCAAGUUCUCGUGGCGGCGCCCCCUCGGAGCAACCGGACGAAAAGCCGCUAGUCGUUAAAAAGGAGGAGCCCGAUCCUGAGUGCCAGUUCCCUAAUGCUGCGUCCACAUGUCCGCAGGGAGAGGAGAGCGCGUGUGCGGAGGCUCGCGGCAAGGAGCACGGCCGGGCCAAGCUGCAGGAGCAGGACCAGCUCAUCAAGGACCUCAAACAGCAACUCAAGAAAGCAGUGAACGAGCAAAAGGAGUUGAAGUUGUUGCUGGACAUGUACAAAGGAGUCAGUAAAGAGCAGCGCGACAAGGUGCAGCUCAUGGCGGCGGAGAGGAAAGCGCGGCAGGAACUGGAAGAUCACCGCCAGAAGGCUAAAAUGGCGCAGGAGAGCAAGCGCGAACGGCGGCUGGCGGACGAGGACGCGCUGCGCAAGAUCAAGCAGCUGGAGGAGCAGAAGUACGAGCUGCAGAAGCAGCUGUCGUGUGCGCGGCCCAACGCAGACCCGCUGCACGCCUUCGCCAGGCCCUUCGCCGGCUCGCAGGUCUCUGCCGAAGAGGAGGCCCUUCUAAAUGAAAUGGAAGUGACCGGGCAAGCAUUCGAGGAUAUGCAGGAGCAGAAUUCACGCCUUAUCCAGCAGCUGCGGGAGAAAGACGACGCUAACUUCAAGCUUAUGUCGGAGCGGAUAAAAGCCAAUUCCCUUCACAAACUGCUGAGAGAGGAGAAGCAACUCCUACAAGAGCAGGUGGUGACACGCGAUCAGCAGAUAGAAUCCAUGGGGCUGGUUGCUCGGCGGCUGGAGGAGAAGGAGCGCCUGUUACAGAACACUCUAUCCGCAGUGGAGAAGGAGUUGUUGUUGCGGCAACAGGCUAUGGAGAUGCACAAGCGGAAAGCAAUCGAAUCUGCGCAGUCCGCUGCAGACCUUAAGCUGCAUCUUGAAAAAUAUCACGCGCAGAUGAAGGAAGCGCAGCAAGUAGUGGCCGAAAAGACGAGCGCACUCGAAGCUGAAGCGUACAAAACUAAACGGUUACACGAAGAGUUGGCGGUCCUUCGGCGUAAAGCAGAACGUAUGAAAAAGAUGGAGCAAGCUGGCAGCAGUAUGGACGAAGUGCUCCUCGAAGAGAUCAGAGAGUACAAGGAGACGCUCACUUGCCCUUCAUGCAAGGUGAAGCGAAAGGACGCCGUGCUGACGAAAUGUUUCCACGUGUUCUGCUGGGACUGCCUGCGCACGCGCUACGAGACGCGCCAGCGGAAGUGCCCCAAGUGCAACGCCGCCUUCGGGGCCAACGACUACCAUCGCCUCUACCUCUCCACAUAGGUACCUGUCGACGACCCCCGCUCGUAACCCACCUACUGAAUUUUUUGGGUAAAUGAAUUUAAUGUCCGCUAUUGUGUAGUGGAGUUUUUAUUAACUGUUAUUUAUAAUCGGUUGAGAUUGUGCGUUUACGAUGGUCGGUGUUCCCGUGGAGUAUGAUAGAUUUAUUAUUCUUGAGAGUCAAGUGUCGGCACUUUUUUUCUUAACUAUUGACAAGCCGAGUCUGUUUAUACUACGCCAGAGUCACAACGCGUUUUCCUUAUGGUAAACGUAUAUGCGUGUAACAUCAUUUCUAAGAGAUGUUUUCUUAGUGUAGGGGUCUCGCUAGCGGGCAGUAUUAGGAUGUAUAUUUUGAAUUUAUAAAUGUCGUGGAAGAUGCAACUGACGGGCCCGAAGAUCACAUAUAAUCUUAUGUGUUAUAGAAUUGUCAUUAUUCAUAUAAAUUUGUUAUUAAUUACUCAAAUUACUGUGCAAUUCUGUAUCUAUAUAGUUCUAGAAAACAAAAAGGUGAACAGAUGGUGUCGUUUUUAGAUUGAAAUUUUGUACGCAAUUUCUAAAAAAAUUAAUCCACAUUUUAUGGUUUCCAAUUUACGCAAAAAUAUAUUUCACUAGCACUGUUUUGGAUUUUGCACUUUAUAUGUAUAUUGUAUAAGUGCUUGUAAUAUUUGUUUUUAACUUUUUGUAACAAUUAGGAUUGUCUCAAGGAUAUUCCUUAAAUGUAUUGCCUAAAAAAUAUAUAUUUUCCUGUGUCCAUAUGGGUAAUUUGAGGAAAGCAACGAUUUUGUUGCGUAUCUAAAUAAGGCUGAGUGAGCCAGUGUAAUAACAGGCACAAGGUUGGCAAUGUAUGUUUAUUUUUUUGCCAAAUACUCGUCUUUCUUUUUGUAAUAAUCGAUAAAAAAAUUAGGACAAUCUUUGUAUAUUAUAUUAAUAAUUAAAGUAAUAUCUGUCUCAACAAAAAUUACAAAAAAUAACUUUAAUUAGUUUCGUGUGAUGAUCUCAUGGCAACACUGAAAUUUAAGAUUGAGGAUGAUGAUGAUGAUAAUGAUGAUGUGAACAGUAUUGAAAGUGGUUUACUAUCGGUUUGUGAUUUUAGUGGAUUCGGCAUCGCGAUGUGACGAGAGAACAAUAUGCAUAUUAUCGAUCGCAAUUGUCUACAUAAUUUAUAUAUCGAUGUUAGAUAUGUGGCUUAUACAUUUUUAGAUAAUUGUAUUUGCUUUUCGAGUAUUAUAUAUAUAACUUAAAACGAUUUAGACACAAUAAAAUAAUAUAAUUAAAUAGCUCAAACAUAGCUUUCUUCAAUUCUGGAUAUCCUCUAAGUAAAGAUGUGAAUGUGCACGAACAAUUAAUAAAAAAUGAUUAAAAUAUGACAUUAGUAUUCGAUGGGACACGGUUUUUCAUUCAUUCCUUAUAUUAUAGUAAAACUUUCCAUGUAUUUAAUUAUGAAUUAUAUAAAAGAAAUCAUUAAAUAUAAGAAUUUAAAGUGCAUUUUACAACUAUGUAUGUGGCAUACAUGUUUUAUUGUUGUAUAUUGAGAAUAACAUGAAAUCGAACAAGUGAAUAAAGUUUAUCUUCGUUUAGUAUGUAAUAAGUUAAGUAAGUUUCAAUUUAUCACCUUAUUAUGGGCGUAAGGAAUAUGAAAGUAUAUAAUGUAUAAUUUUGUAAACAAUUUUUUGGUAUGUAAAAUUGAAUACAUUUCAUGAAAGUCAUAAGUGAAACUGAUGUGAAAAUUGUUCGAAAAAUUGUAUCCGAAUGUGUUUCAAGUAUUUUUUUUCCGAAUAAAUUAAUAAUUGUUCAUUUUGCUGAAAUUAUACCCAUCGAAAUGUAAAACUGUUUUGACUUUUUUAUUUUGUAAAAGUUCUAUUUAAUGAACCAUAUAUAUUAUAUGUCCUUUAUUAUGUGUAAUUUAUGAUAACAUUUUUUUAGGUAUCGUUUUCACAGUUAGUCCAUAAUAAGGUAGUUCAGUUAUAAUUAUUAUUGUAUUGUAGAUAGGAAAAUAGACUAACGCCAGCCCACUGACUGAUAUAUUUAUACUUUAGGCUAAACACUCAUUGGGUUUAAAUAUAUUUUGCAUUCACUUCGCUGUCACUUGUAAAAUCUCGUUCUAACUUUCUUGUCACUGUUUUAUAAUAAAAAAAAGUUUAUUUUUCUUAAAUAUACUUGUGACAGUGUUUGGUACGAAUUUAAUUUAAAUUUAUAACUACAUUUGUAACUCUAAUAAUUUCAACCAAACUAUCUUAAGUAGAACCUCAGCCUUUGUGUUGUUAAUUAAUGUAGCUAAAAUAUUGUUUUUCACGACUUGCUAGGAAUAUAAUAGCUGAAAUUUUGUUAAUUGUAAAUGUUUUUUGUUUUGCAAGUGUUAUUUAAACUCUGUUAAAAUCUGACAAGAAACUAUGUUAUUACAUGUUAAAUCUAUUUAAAUAAACUAUUUCAUUGUUUCUGAACGCAUCAAUAUGCAAUACGUAGGUAAAAGUAAUUCUUAUCUCGAAAUAAAUGUUGGGUGUGGUUAAAAAAAAAUUUCAAGCAAAUUUCAAAGGGCUGAGGUAUAUAACUCAAACUGUGUAUAUCUGAUUAAAUGUAAUAUUAAUUUAAAUGGAGUAUCGAAUAAAUGUUUUAAACAUA